GACCCACGUCACGAAUCCGCAGAGAUGCUGAAGGAGCCGCGAUAAUAAAGGGACGUUUACGAAAUCACGGCGCUGUUUGUGCAUAUGUCAGAGAAAAGGUUAUCUCCCGCCGUCCUCAUGGAAGAACAUUCCGCAUACAUACACCAUCUGACGUCUUUGACAUGAUUUUAAAGCGCAUUUUGUGAGAAUUAUAAACCACACCCGGCGCUGUGAGGAACGGGAUUGAGUGGGCACCACACGGCUCCAAUGCCAGACCCAGACCCCUGUCGCUGGCGUUAGGGGACAAGCUCGGAGCAGACCACAGACAGGAUGAGCGCAGGGCUGGAGCAGACAGACAUCCUGUCCACGGGCAUUCUGGUGAAGGAACGAUGGAAAGUACUGAAGAAAAUUGGUGGUGGUGGCUUUGGCGAGAUCUACGAGGCUCUGGACCUGAUGAACCGCACCAGUGUGGCUCUGAAAGCAGAGUCAGCUCAACAACCCAAACAGGUUCUGAAGAUGGAGGUGGCAGUGUUGAAGAAACUGCAAGGAAAAGAUCACGUUUGUCGGUUUGUCGGAUGUGGCCGCAAUGAUCGCUUUAACUAUGUUGUCAUGGAGCUUCAGGGCCGUAAUUUAGCGGAUCUGAGGAGGAGCAUGAACCGCGGCACUUUCACAGUCAGCACUACACUUAGACUAGGUCUCCAGAUACUGGAGGCCAUCGAGAGCAUCCACUCAGUUGGCUUUUUACACCGUGACAUUAAACCGUCCAACUUUGCCAUGGGCCGAUUUCCUAACACAUGCCGAACUUGCUACAUGUUAGAUUUUGGUUUGGCACGCCAAUUUACAAACUCCUGCCAAGAAGUCAGACCGCCCCGUCCUGUUGCAGGGUUUAGGGGUACAGUACGGUACGCCUCAAUCAACGCCCAUAAGAACAAGGAGAUGGGGCGACAUGAUGACUUGUGGUCUUUGUUCUACAUGCUGGUGGAGUUCUUGGUUGGGCAACUCCCCUGGAGGAAAAUAAAAGACAAGGAGCAAGUUGGGAAGUUAAAAGACACAUACGAUCAUCGGCUCAUGCUGAAGCACCUUCCGCCAGAAUUCAAUGUCUUUCUGGACCACAUCAGCAAUUUGGACUACUUCACCAAACCUGACUAUCAGCUACUGAGGACCGUUUUUGAGAAUAGCAUGAGGACCUACAACGUAGUGGAAAAUGACCCGUACGAUUGGGAAAGGAUGAGCUCAGAUAGCCCACUGACAAUCACCGCCACGGCAAACACGCCACAGCACCAUACUCGCCUCACACCAGCUCAGAUGGGCAUUGUGAAUGCCUCGUUGGUGCCUGGAGAUCUUCUGAAGGAGAACACAGAUGAAGUUCUACAAGAUGAGCAGCUAAGUGAUGGGGACAAUGCUCGACCCGAGCAUCUGCCUGGAUCUCAGAAUCUUCCUCACAGGAACCUGGAGACUGAUGUCUGGGAGGACUUGGACCGAAACCGGAAUCGAAUCUGUCCUGCUGUCUGGAAGAUGGGGACAGAGGAUGAGCAUAGCAACCGAGGCAAUCAGAGCCCCCAUGCGGGGCCUAGCAUUGGUUCACCAGUGCGAGUCCGGUCAGAGGUGGUGCCUUCAGACAGAGACACUCCUCUUUUGAGGAAACUGCGAAACAUCCAUAGCUUUGAGCUGGAGAAGAGACUAACGUUAGAGCCCAAACCCAACACUGAACGGUUUGUAGAGGCCUGUUCUGGCAAGCAGCCACCUGGUACAGCACAGGAACGGGAAGCUGAUGGUGUCCCUGGCAUGGCCAUGUUGAACGGAAGUCACACAGAGCGUGUUUGGCACUAUGACGAGGAAUUCCGCUCUGGCAGUGGCUCGCCCAAGCCUGCUUCACCGGGAUCUCCUGAGCAGGGCGAUGGUGCAGCCAACAGUGGCUUUGUUGCUCUAAAUCUGAGCUCAGGUUUACAAGAUGUUGAGUUGCGUGAUUGGGUGAUGGUAGAGAAGGGCUCUGACCUGCAGGACUUCAAAGAGGCUGCAGGAAGUAGCCCUGGUCGUGAGGCUAAACUCACUAGUAGCCCGUCAGAUGAGUGUGAAGAGGAGCCAGAAGUUUUGCAGCCAAUGGAUGAAUCACCAGAUAAAGAAUCCACUCCUAGUCCCGUACAAGGAGACGCCCACAUGCCUCACACAGUCCAGGGCCCACAUAGGAUGGAUCGGUUGGAGCUCAGUGUGUUCCCUACUGCUGGUGGACCUCCUGUUACUCCCACCAGCCCUGGUGAGGCACUGGCUGAAGGAGCACUCACACAGCUUCCCACCUCUCCUGCAUCCCAACCUGAGGAGUUUGUGGCAAGGACGUGCAGCCCCCUGCACCUGCGCUCCCCUAGCCCACACACCCUCCUGACCACCCUGUCGGACCCCCUACACCAGCGCGCCCCACCUGGGAUGCGGCGUAGCCAAUCUGCAGACCACCAACACCACCCUUCCUCUACCACCUCCUCGUGCCACGGCUCGCUGCCACUACCUUCCCAGCCCCGUGCUGCCCAUUCGCCUGGACGCAGGAAACUUCCUGCUAUUCCAGCGACGGCUGCAAACACCAAGUUCCCCUCAGUCAUACGAAUCACCCGCGCUCAGCUUCAGCAGCUGACAGCUCAGCGACCCUCUGUGCUGUCCUCCCAAUCUGCAUCCGACAGCGUUCCACUGGAGAGACGUGAUACUGAAAAUGGUAACAAUGAGAUGCAUCCACAAGACAACACAGCUGACAUCAACUCCCCACAGGAGCAUGUUGCCUUCCAGCCUACCAGCCCCUCUAAUGUUGAAGGAGAUCCUUUGCUAAAUGGGAAUGGACUUCAGAAACCUUCAAGCCCAGUGCCAAGCCUGGUUCCAUCACCACGCACGCCUCCCUCUCCACGUAGCCCAGUUCUGAUGAACGGCUGUCUUACACCUCCUUCAGACACACAGAGAAAUGGCAACGAGCAGCCUCCUAAACUUAAAGACUCCAAGAGUGAUUCUCCCAUCCUUGAGCACUCAAUAGAGCCCAACCAAUGCACUCUGGAGGAGAGAAAGGAAGAUGCUCCUGCCAGAAACGGACCCUCUUCUCCAGCCUCCACUCUCAAACAAGACCCCAGUCGUCGGCAUAGCCGUAUCCCAGUGUUAGAACCAUCCAGCCUUCUGGAUCCACCACCAGGAUCUGCUAAAGAGAAGUUGCUGCAGAGGAGGGUUCACCACAUUCCACUUUCUCCCUCUGCUUCCCCAUCCUUAUCUUCCGACAGGCGUGUCAUAGUGGCUGCUAUGCAGCGGGACCAGAUUUCUUCUGCCUCAUCUGAACGCUCUCAAGAUGAAGAGUCACUUCUGGGUUCUCGUUCCGAUCGUCAUGGAGAUGACGCUCCCUCACUGUCUUCAUCCUCUAGCCCACUUUUACGGAAGAGCAAGAUACCACGUCCAGUUACCCCCACAACAAGUGGGGAAGCCAUUAAUGCACACUUCAUGCCCCGUCCACCACCAGGAAAACCUCCUAGCCGCUCCACUGUGGAUGGAAGGCUACGGCGGUACAGGAUUCGUGCCGGCAGCACCAGUGACAGUGAUCUGCUGACCUGUCUGGCCCAGCUAAUGCACGCAAGCUCACCCCGUGGCUCUCCGCACCCUAGCUGCUCCUCCCCCCAGCACAUGGGCCCGAGGCACUUAUUUGUCAGUCCCACCGCUGCUCACCAUCUCCACCAGCGCAGCUCUAGCGCCUCCCCCCGCAGCUCCUCCUCACUACAACGCUCCGUCAGCUCUUCCCCGUCCCGCUACGAGCACCGCAGGGGCUGUUUGGGCCGUAGCCGCUCUCCUCCCAGUUUAUCGGGCUCACCUCCUCUGCGCCGCUCUCAUCCUCACAUACAGGAAGGAUGCUGUGGGAGACAGGCCCGCUCCGCCACCAUACACACCCAACGGGGGAAAUCCGGCAUCCGUGAGUUCAGGUGCUUAAGCAAGCUGAGCAGAUAGUCAACCACAGGUUUCAGACACUAGCAGAAAAAGUGAAUGAGUGAAAGUGGGACCUUUCCCAAUUUCCACAAUAGCUAAAAAGUGAUUCUCAUUCCCUCGCACAUCUGCAACUUUUGCAACUCGUUUGCUUUCUCUCCAUCAGUAGCCUCAAUUUUAAGAUGCUGGCUUUUAGAAACACUAAAGUCACUUUCAGAACAUGGGAGGUUAUACAUGAUGGUGAUUGGCUGGAUGUUUAGUAUUUUAUAGUUUCUUUCCUUUCAAACAUUCCAGAGCUUUUAUGAAGAUGAUUGUACGUAUUCAUGAUCUACAUGAGGUUUGCAUCAAGACUGGCUGUGCUAUAGUAUUUAUUAUUUUAUUUAUUUGAGCUUUGAUGCAUUGCAGCCCUCUCUGAGCAGUGGCAGGUACACUGAUAGAUCAUGCCAUCAUUAACCCCUUUUGUGCUUGUGCUUUGGCUGCUGUCAGCACCUAGAUGUGGCCUGAAACACUGUACGCAAGUAUGUGAACUGAAAUGCUUUAUUCGAAAUGUGUGAAAUGAAGUCAUUAGUGUUCUAACAUGGUAAGGACUUACUUUCAGGUCAGAAGAGAACCUUGCUGAGUUAACUUUCAGGAAUAGUUACCCAAAAAUUAAAAUACUGUCAUCAUUUACUCACCCUCAUGGUGUUCCAUGGUGUUUUUGUCCAUAUAAUGGAAAUCAGCGGAAACCAAACCUGUAGGGGUUGGCGAUGUACCGGUAGACACAAUAAACUGGUUGAAAUUUGUCGUAUUUUUCGGUAUGAAGACUGAAACCCAACAGGAAGUCUGUUAUUUUAAAUUUUCUCAGCAAGUUUUGUGCCGUUUGCCAUAAUUUAAACAAACUCCUCCUAGAGAUUUAAACAGAUCAAUACCAAAUUUGGUCAGUCUAAUCUAAAGCCCUUUGUGACAUUAAAUUGUGAAGAUCUUGAGUUUUCGUUGAAGGGUGUGUCUGUGGUGGCCUGAAAAACUUUGAUGUUCCACCAUAAAAAAGGAAGUUGUUAGAAUUCAGGCAUACAAUGUUCAAUCUGCACCAAAAUUCACAUGUUUGAUAUGAGUCCUAUCCUGAACACAUGCCCAUGAGCAUAUAUUCGGUUAUAGCCAUAGCGCCACCUGCUGGCAACAGGAUGUGGAAUAUUUUAUGGUCUAACAAACUCCUCAUAGAGAUUUAAUGACAUUAACAUUAUAUUUGUUUGCAAUAUUAGAUUGUGAAGAUCUUGAGUUUUUUGUGUUUGGCAGCCUAACAGAGUUCAAUGUUUUGCCAUGUUGUAGCUCAGUCAUGCAAUGUCCAAUCUGCACCAAACUUCACAUGUUUGGUAAGAGUCCUGGCCUGAACACAUCUAAAGCCCAAUAUUCAGUUAUAAUCAUAGCGCCACCUGUUGGCAACAGGAUAUUUUGCACUAACUCAAACAUACCAUGUUCAAUCUGCACCAAGCUGAUGAACCAAAAUGUUUUAUAAAAGGGCUGGCCUGAACAUAUCUACAUGCCAAUAUCCAGUUAUAGUCACAACGCCACCACCUGGUAGCAGGAAGUUUGGCACAUUUAAAUGACCUUGAUAUAUUCCUUCUAUAUUGAUCACUUUAAAUGCAAAUUGCCCACCGUUCACUGUUUUACAAAAGGCACCAUGGUGAUGAGCCCGAGUGCGAGGGCCCUUUCAACGCUGCUUGCAGCUAUAAUUAGUUUCUUAUUCUUAUUUAAUCACUCACGUGCUUAUUUAAUGACUGUUUAUUUAUCUUCUGUGAGCUUUUUUUUAUUUAGGCUAGUUUUAGUGUUUGUGAUAUUUGUCACAAGAAUUAUGAAAUUUCUAUGGUAUCAAAAUUUUCGAUAUCAUAAAGGCCCUAUUUAAAGCCAAAAUAACUAUAGCGUGAUAUAUGUGGUUACCGUGAAAUAAAAUUACUCAUAUCGUGAUACAAGAGUUUGGUCUUAUCGCCCACCCCUACAAACGUGUUUGGUUACCAGCAUUCUUCAAAAGAUCUUCUUUUGUGUUUCACAGAUCAUACAGGUUUGGAAUGACAUAAGGGUGAGUAAACAAUGACAGAAUUAUCAUUUCUGGGUGAACUAUGCCUAUGUACAAAGAGGUCAUGUGCUUGUAAUGGGUUGGCCAAGCAUUUGCGUUUGUGUACUUGAUGUAGACUGUUUCUGAUGUCACUGAGUUUGCAAGAGGAAGAGUUCUUCUUUUUUCAAGAAACAGUGACCAUUGAAAUAAUUGAGUAAAAAAAAAGUGUUCUUGCGCUUUGACGUGCCUAAAGACGUUUUGCUUUGGAAUAUACAGUAUAUAAGGCAGGCUCAAGCUUUCACAAUAUGGAGUCACAAACUAUUUGUUAAUUUCCUUUUUCUGUAGAGCCUCUGUUAUCCUACAGCAAUGUACCGAUUCCAGCAGAACAAACUGUCAUCUUAGUCACUGGUUAUUUGUGGCCCACACAUAAUCUGUGCUCGUUAUACUUAUCAGAAAACUCUGCUCAAAGGGAACCUGGAUUUUAUAACUUGUAUGGCUUAAUAUAACAUAAAUGUCUCUUACUGAAAUAUGUAGCAGAAAACCUAAUAAAGAAUUUUUUUUAAAAAUCCACAUUGUUUUAUACAUAUUAUGGACUGUGGGGGGGUGCCAUUAUUGUGAUGAUGUGAAACGAUUGCACUUGGUGAGCUACUGGCUCUACCUGUUGUUAUUUUUACCGCAACAGAACUCGGAAAAUAAUACUGAUAUGAUGACCACAGCUAAUGAAAGCGCUUACAGGUCAUGAUGGAUAUAAGUGUAGGCUUAAACCAAAUGCCAUACCAUUGAUUUUUUUUUCCAACAAGGAAUUUAAACGCCCAUGGAUAUCGAGUGAAAUCUGCACUAAGAAACUCCUUUAGUGGCUGCAGCGUCUUGUCAAGCAUCGGCAUGUUUACGUCCUGUCAGGAUGGCAUCUAGCGUUUCUUGUCUCCGCCAUUUGUAAGCUUUUUCAGUAGCUGUGGUCUACCAAAAGCCUCAAAAGCAUCAGGACUAAAGUGAAGAGAACAAAGACACAGGUCUUUAGAAAGUUUUAUUCGUCCACAGGCAUCUUCCCAUACUUUUGUCUUCUUCAAAUCACUACGAAAAGCGGUAAAGACUUGCAUCGCUUCUCUUGUUGCCCCUUCGACAGAAAAUUACAAACAAAAGCCCAAUGUGGCAUCGUAUCAAUAUUUUAUUUUCAGAGUUGUGUUGCGGUAAAAAUAGCAACAGG